AUGGAGGCGUUUGUACAGCGGCUCUCAAACCUGACAGGAUACUCAACCUCAAGCCUUGCGGGAAAAAAGCUCUGGAGACUCUAUGACACACUCACCUGUCAGAGGAUCCAUAACCUGGCCCCGCCCCUCUGGGCCACGGAGGAGCUGCUGGAGGCCCUGAGGGAGAUGACCUCGUCCCAGCUCACCUUCACCCUGUUCAGCGGCCAGCGCCUGGAGAAGGCCCGCCUCUCUGGAGGGAUUCUGCUCAACGCCAUCCUCAAGAACUUCUCCAGAGCCAUGGAGCAAGGCAGCGCGCUCAGGCUCAUCCUGUACUCGGCUCAUGACUCCACCCUGCUGACCCUUCAGGCAGCGCUGGAUAUCUACAACGGCCUUCUGCCCCCCUACGCCUCCUGCCAGCUGUUUGAGUUCUACCAGGAGUAUGAUGGGUCCUUCUCCCUGGAGUUGUACUACCGGAACGAGUCGGGGCGCGCCCCCUUCCCCACCCUGCUGCCGGGCUGCGGCAGGCUCACAGCAUGCCCUUUGACCCUGGUCCGGGCGCUGGUCCGGGAGGUGCUGGUGGACGACGUCGACGGCGAGUGUGGAGUCAAGCCUCGCUGGGCCAGCGCUGGCAUGUCGACGGCACUUGCAGUGGCGGUGGGCGUCCUGGCGGUGGCGCUGUUGGUCAGCAUCGGGCUGGCCGUCUACCGAAGACCUGAACGCUCCUGAGUGUGUGUGUGUGUGUGUGUGUGUGUGUGUGUGUGUGUGUGUGUGUGUGUGUGUGUGUGUGUGUGUGUGUGUGUGUGUGUG